GUCCUAGUUACACAGGGUACUUCAUCUACUCCUUCGACACACACAGCUCCAACAAAGCACGUAGUCCUCUGACAGAGGAGAAGAAAUACACAACGCGUUGCUCGACAAUGAAGACGUUCAGUUAGUUCUCCACAUCUGCCUCGUCACACACGUGUCACGUCGACAACACACUCGACACAGUUCAGUGCAGUGCGCGCAUUGUGUUGAUCACCAGCAUCACACGAUUUGUUCUGUGUUCGGACCAUCACCAGGUCACAUGGGGCGUUUCCUUAAAACCACAUUGGGAUUUAAACAGCAGGCAGGGAAAACUGCUUCACUCAUCUCAGCGGCUCGGUGGCGUAAUGAGUUGUAUAUAUUUUUUUACUCAUAUGAUUUAUAUUGUCGUCUCACUUCACUUUACUUCACACACGCUUUGUGGAAAUAACCAAUCUGCGUCCGAGUCUGCAACCGACCAGCAACACCCUGAUCUGGCUGUUGGAGUUGUGGCAGGUGGUGAUAAACUAUGAUGAACUGUAAAACCCAGACAUAGUGUGAAACAGAGAUGAUUCAACCUGCACUCACUCGUGUCCUCUUUGUGUUAGGACUCUUCCAGAAAGGUCUAACAUCUGUAAUCCAGUCUGUGGAGACUGUGGAGGAGGCAGUGGGAGAAGAUGCUCUCCUCAGCUGUCAGAUCCUACAGUCUGAAAAUGUGGUGCAUGUCACAUGGCAGAAACAGACGAUGGAUGGGAGGACCAAUCUCGCCACCUUCAACAAUAUCUUUGGCUCCACGGUGAUCUCAGACUUCAGAGGCAAAGUGGAGGUCAUAGGUCGUGGACUGCACAACAGCUCCAUAGUGAUCAAGAAUGUGACGGAGGAGGAUGAAGGCUGCUACCUCUGCCUCUUCAUCACCAACCCUGCUGGAGCGCUCACUGGCAGAACCUGCAUCAGGGUCUAUGAGCUGCAUGAACCCGUUCUACACGUGAGAGAAUCAAAGACAACUGACGAGUUCGUGGUUUCCUGCUCCGCCACAGGACGACCUGCUCCAACUGUAACUCUCAACGUCACACAGCAAGACUUCGACUUCUCACAGAACAAAACUGUCAGUGUGAUCAACACAAACGGUACAUUCACUGUUACUGCCACAGCCUUGUUGGCAGGUUGCCAUGACGCUGGCACACGGGUUGGAUGUGCCGUGCAGGUGCUCUCCCGUCGUAAAGAGGCGUUUGUGGCGAUUCCUGACGUGAAAGUGACGCCUACCAAUGGUUUGGAUGAGGGAUCUGGAUCUGCUAGCAGACGCUUCAUCGGGACGUGGAUUGGGGGAGUGACCUUCCUUUGCACUGCUUCAGUCUUCACUGUCCUGUUCACACGAAAACUAAGGAGCAGUCCGUCACACAGAGACCUUGAGAUGACUGAGGUUCCUCAAACUGCAGACGCUGAUACGGUCCAAGAAGCUUUGUCCACACCAGAGGAGGAGAGUUCGGUCAGAAAACGGACACCUCCUUUUGAAGCCAAGGAGAGAAAAGAGACAGACCCUGAGUCGUCUUCAAUAGCCAGAAGAAUUCAAUUUGACCAGUAGGUGGACCUCAGGUCUCCACUGAAAGUCCCAUGUUGUCUACUGUAGGCGGAGCUUUUUCAUCCAGAGAUAUUUCAAUUUCCUUUUUUAUUUUAAUUUUCUAUCUGUUGCGUGUUAGAAGAGUCUUCAUCCCUCUACUCGUUCGUUUUGACCCCAGCGGGGAUCCCCAGACUUUCUGCAGACUUUAUACUAGGGGGCAAAAAAAUGUGGCUGCUUUCAGACGUGCACUGAACUUCAAAGAUCCUCCAGACGGAUUCAACAAGUAAAAUGAGUCAUAUGAUAAGGACGACUAGAAGUGUGUGACUUUGUGUGUUUCUAUUGUGAAGAGCAGUAGUGUAGUGAUUAGGUUCUCUGCAUUUUUAGUGUGUUGUUCUGGUGGUGUAAGGGUUUGCGUGUGUUUUGUAUUUACUGAUAUCUUGAUAGUAUCUGUUCCUUUUUGACAUUUGUGAUUGUGUAUUUAUUUUUUUAUAUUCAUGGUUCUUCAUAUGGGUUUGUCUAGGGUGCUAUACAAGAAGAGAGAGUGGAGUCAGCCGAGGUCUUACUUGAUACUUGAUACGUGUCAACUUCACAUUGUUCUUGGAAGUUUGUGGCAGCUAAUUUCAUAUUAUAAAAACUAGUCAUUCUUAUUUUAAAGUGACAUAAUGUUGAACAGUGCCUUGUUUACUUACAGCAGUUUUAAAUACUGAGGAGAGAGGGAUAUUUAGACUGUUGUUCUGUGGGUGAUGUUUUUCUACUUAUUUUGUUGAAUUUUCCCACUUUUGCUUGCACUAUUGUGUUGUUUUAUAAAUAAUAGUAAAUAUCAGUUUCAUAAGAACGUGUGAUGUUUCAAUUGAUGUAAGACCCAGAUAAUGGAAUAAUGGUUUCUUCAUUUAUUAAUACAUUUAUUCCAAACAAGGCCAGUGGAGGUCACUGUUUCCUCAGGCUUCAUGUCUGAGGGGGAGUUGAGGCGGUGUCAGGGACUCUUCAGCAGGACCACGAAAGUCCCUCAGUCGUUUAAAAGUAGGAGACAUGGAUUGUUCUGCUCCACUUUGACAUAACCUGCAGCACAGGCAGCUUCUCCAGUCUCUCAUCCAGUCCUCUGUCAGCGGGUGAGUUUCAUUUCACAACAGGAAAGUUUACUUUCUCGCAAAGUUUUGAGUUUUCAGCCUCUUAUGUGUGAAUUUAAACUUGAUCCAGGAGUGUCAACGUUUUUAUGAUGACUACAAUCUAUGAGGGGAGGUUGUUUAAAUAUGUAUAUGGCUGUUGUGCUGGAAAUAACAUUUAAUUUAUUUCAUAAUAGCUGUUUUGUUUCCUCUCAUGAAUUAAUCUUCCUUUAAAUUAACAAAUAUUUCACUGAACUGAACUGAACUUAUUUUACCUAAAUUAAAUUGCCACAAUUUGUUUUUCUUCCUGCACCUGUUGGGUAAAUGGAUGUUUCAUAUUCAUUUUAUUUUUAUUUUGUGCCUAAUUAGGAUUAUUUCAUAAGGUAGAUCUGACAAGAAGAACCCUAACCCCUAUGAACAGAUGGUGUAUAAUACAGAUCAUAUAAAUAUAGGUACUAUAAACAGACAAUAUAUGAUAUAGACAAAAUAAACAGUGUAUAAUAUCAA